CAAAACAAAAUUUUGUCGUGUUCAAGGACAGUGCUCGUAAUUUCAAGAGGUGAGUGGAUAGUGUCGAUAUCGGCGACAGCACAGACUGACAGCCUCGUGCUUCCGGAGUAAAUAGCGAAGACGUCAUCACCUGAGUUGUUUUUUUCUAUUGAGCUGUUGGUUUGACCUUUACACUUUCAACAUUUUGUUUUUAACAUUUUAUUUUUGAAGAACUAUUUUUUGAGAACAACAAUCUUGAACAGUAGGCACGGUGGUCAAAGGCCCCAGCCCCUUGAGAGAAAAAUGUCCACUCGGACAACCGGGACAGCGUUGUUGGUCUUGGGAGGAGCCUUGUUGGCCGCCGCGUUUCCCACUCCGCCGCCAUCAUCAUCAUCAUCAUCAUCAUCAUCAUCAUCUCAACAAGUGCCGAUCACGGUACAAGACCACACGCAGGGCUACAAAUUCGACGAACUUUUACAUCUUCCAGGGAUUUCACCGUACUUUGACGCCGUCGGGUUCGGUCUCGAGCAUACGGCGCCCGUAGGGUGCAAGGUGACGGCGGCGUCGUACCUCAUCCGGCACGCCGCCAUCUACUCCAACGACGACGAGUACGAGGAAUACAUCAAACCGUUCCUGUACAAACUCGAACAGCACCGCUCGGGAUGGUCCGGACCACUGGAAUUCAUGUCCACCUGGGUGUCUCCCAUCCUGGAAGACAGGCUCGAACAAGUGACGCCUUCCGGUAAGGAAGACGCCAGAAAAGUGGGCGCGCACCUGGUCAAGCGUUACCCCGACCUCGCCCCCACCGUCAAACGAGUGCUGGCCGACAAGAAAUCGCGGACGUACGACACCGCCGAGGCAAUGGUGAGGGCCUUCCCCGAGAACUCGGACAUCAAGGUCGUGCGAAUCACCCAGAACAAGAACGGAAGCAUGGACUCGUUGGUGCCCCACAAGUCGUGCCCUGCGUUCAGCAAGAAACCCGGCACCGAAGAAAUGGCCGACUUCGUGUCUCACUACGCGGCGCACGUCUCGGGUCGCCUGGCGCAAUUCAUGCCUUUCAACCUGACCGACAACGACGUCGUCGGUCUUCAGGGUCUGUGUGGCUACGAGUCCGCAAUCAGAGGCGAGAGAAGUCCCCUGUGCGCCGUCUUCACCGACGCCGAGUGGAUGUCGUACGAGUACGCCUGGGACCUCAAGUACGCCCACAUGGUCGGUCCCCUGAACCCCUUGUCGCCGUACCUGGGCUUUCCCUGGCUCAAGGCGCAGAGCGAAUUGUUCCAAAAGGUGGAUGGCACACCGGACCCGGACCCAGACCGAAACGGAGACGACGACGACGAUGAUGCUGGCUGGCCUCCGGAGCAACGGCUCUUCCUGAGCUUCACGCACCGCGAGGUCCCUCCCUUUGUCGCCACGGCGCUGGGCAUCUUCAACUCGUCGUCGUCGGCGAUGGAACAGUUCCCGACCGACCACGUCAACUGGGUCCGCGCCUGGCGCAUGAGCGAUCUCAUCCCGUUCCUGGGCCACGUGGGCAUGGAGAAGAUGACGUGCACGGGCAGGCCGGGGCGAGAGGGUGAAUAUAUCCGCGUCAUCGCCAACACGGCACCCAGGCCCAUUCCCUUCUGUCAGGACGGACCUGGCGCCAGUUGUCCCAUGAGCGAGUGGGUGAAGAUCAUCGCCGCCGGGGCCGAAGAAUUCAAGGAUUAUGCGCAGGUGUGUAAGAAGGACGAGAAGGACAUGAAGUAAUAUAAUUAUACCCCGAUCUACUAGAUGGGAGAUGUCAUGUGUACCAAGUAUUAGAUUAAUUCUUCCCUGUAUGUACCAACAAAAGUGUCGCGCCGUAUUCAGAGUUUGUGAUUGAGCAGCAAGCAUUUCGGUCGAGAUUGAGAUUUUCCCAAAAUGAUGUCAAAGGCUUAGUACGGAGUAGAUAAGUACCUACCUAGGCAGACAGGCGCAACAGACCGGACCAAAGUAUUCGUUCACCAACCCGAGGGAUCCCUCAAAAACGGUGGAUGUUGAGGCUCAGUUUGCAUGAGUGGCAUCGAGGCCUCCUGUAGUCUACAUUCCAUCUUUUAAAC